GUAUAAUAUGGCUGAUGUAUAUAGACUCUCAUGCGCAGGAAGACGAAAAGCCACCUGUCCUUGAUGCGUUAUGACGCGAGUGUAACAAGAACCAUGACAACAGAGAAGAUAUUCGUAGCGAGUCUGUCCUUUUUGCUCGUGGUGGGCGGAUUGGCCCAGCCAAGCAGUGUAGUGCGGACAUACAACCCUCCGACAGACUGCACUUUCGAAACAGGGACGUGUGGCUGGCACGAUGAUAAUGGCGGGGACGAUUUUAAGUGGACACUGGGCUCUGGGAGCACCACCAAUGACAUCCGAUAUAUGGCGCCUUUGAAUGACAGGACUCGAAACAAUUCAUUUGGCGGCUACAUGUUCGUAAAAGACUAUGCUUGGUCGGCCACUGCGCUCAAAGCGCAACUAUACAGCAACACGUUCAAAUCAAACUACUCAGAAUGUAAAUUAAAGUUCUUCUACUACUUGACUGGGAAUUCACCAGGACAUUUGAACAUUUAUGCCAAAUAUGGUAUCGAGGAUGACAGCCCUGUGACGAAACUUUGGAGUAGCAAGUACUUGCCUUACAAGGAGUCCUGGCAAGAAGUUACAGUAGGGGUUGGUGGGGGGAGAGAAAAGUUGUUCAGUUUGGCUUUUCUCCUCACGGACAUUCCCAACGGGUUUGACGGAACUGCUGCUGUUGAUGACGUAACCUUCUUCGACUGCGUUCUCCAAGAACCGCCGCUGUACCCCAACCCGGGGUCGUGCCAGGAUUACUUAUGCCAGAACGGGCUGUGCAUCUCCGGUUCAAAGUUAUGUGACGUCACUCACGACUGCGGCGACGGCAGUGACGAGGAUAUGGAGAUAUGUAACACGUACCACAAAUACGAUUUCGAGAGUCACACAGACUUCGUACAGGGUAAUGACACGAUUGAGGACGAUUUUGACUGGUCGUUGCAGAGUGGGCCAACAACAUCGCUCCUGACUGGGCCAUCACGGGACCACACCAAAGGUACUGCUGGUGGCCACUACAUGUAUACCGAGGCGUCACGUCGGCGUUACAGAGAGCGUGCGUGGCUCCUGAUGCGGCCAUUUUCGGCAAACAGCACCAAUUGUCGUCUGCGUUUCUUUUACCACAUGUACGGGCAACAUGCGGAGAAGCUCAGCGUCAAAAUACGCACGCACAGGAACAGCGAGCCUGAAGAGAUUUGGAGCAAGGGUGAACCGGAGGUGGAUACAUGGCUACCCUCAGGAGAUAUUGACCUCACCCUGCCAUCUACAGACUUUCAAGUCAUCUUUGAAGGACAGGUCGGGGUCAGUUGGCUUGGCGAUAUCGCCAUUGAUGACGUAAGUUUCACCCCUGGGUGCAAGUUCAGCAAUGAUCCGACCCUUCCCCUCGCCGAUAUAGUGACCACCACGGCGCCCCCCGUGACAACUAAACAACCAAGCAACUGCUCUGACAGCCAGUUUGAAUGCGUCACGACCAGAGAAUGCAUCGGAAAACAGCAGAUGUGCGACUUCAGGGAAGAUUGCAAAGAUGCUUCAGAUGAGAAUGAUUGUCCCAAGCAAUAUUGCACAUUCGAGGACGACAACCUCGAUAUGGCAGACCAGCUCUGUGGUUGGAAGAUUGAGGUUGAUCAGACUAGUGACGUAGUGUCGCCGAGCGCCCUCUAUAGAUGGGAAGUCGCACAAGGCAGUGGUGAAAACCGCCCGGAUAAUGACCACACUUCGCUGUCUUCCAAGGGAUACUACGUCCUUGCCGACGCAAAACCAGGCACUUACACGGAUACGUCAAACUUCACAGCCACCAUCUCAAGAACUGGCCCACAAUGUCGCCUGGGGUUUUGGUACCGCAUGUCAGGCUUCAACGGAGGAGGCUCAAUAGCAAUCAUGUGCCAAACGCCAACAGAAGUCCACGAGGUCUCCGUCAUAACACACAACGAAAGUCCGAGCUGGAACCAGGAAAUCGUUCCAAUCGGAUCACAAGAAAACAUCCGGGUCAUUAUUCAAACAAGGCGUGGCUUGAGCUGGGACACUGGGAUAGCAAUUGAUGACGUGUAUUUUAUUGACUGUCAGCCACCAGCGAUGAGCAGACAAUGUCUUGAGGAUGAGUUUACAUGCAGUAACGGAUACUGUAUCAGUAGAGAAAAGAAAUGCGACUACGCAAACGAUUGUGGUGAUUCUUCUGAUGAAAACGAAAAACAAUGCAACACGUUCUACAAAGCUCGCUGUGACUUCGAGCACGGCAUGUGCGACUCCUGGACCCACGACGAAACGGGCGACUAUUUCUGGCGACUCAACAAACAUGGCACUGCAUCCCUUCAAACCGGGCCGGAGUAUGACCAGUCCGAGCACUCCAAGGAAGGAUUCUACAUCUACUUGGAGGCGUCGGGGCCUCAGGUUGUGCAGGGUGAGACGGUGCGGUUGGCAUCCAGAGUCAUCAAGGGAGGGUUGAAGGAUUGCAAGCUGCGGUAUUGGUACCACAUGAAGGGCGCGCAGAUUGGCUCCCUGAACAUCGUAAGGCGCUAUUCGUUCUUUGAUAACGGAACAGUGACCCUGAAGACGCACAGAGGUGACCAGGGGAGGUACUGGCUGAGGGGAGAGGUCGACCUGACGCAGCCAGAAAACAUCACCAAACAGAAUUUCCAGGUUAUAUUGGAGGGUGUGGUUGGAAGCGGUUUCGUUGGGGAUAUUGCGUUGGACUCGCUAUCCAUGACACCAGGCUGUGAAUGGGCCAAUGAAAAUGUUCUCCCUGGACAACCGGAUGGUCCAAAGCCCCUCCAAAACAACUGCACAGACCUGGGCCUCCACCAGUGCAACAGUGGCGAGUGCUACCGUGCCAGGCAGCGAUGUGACUUCAUCUCUGAUUGCGACGAUGGCACAGAUGAGAUGGGAUGCGGUUCGAGGUGUAAUUUCCAGAGUAGCACGUGUGGUUGGAAGACUCAGUUCACUGGAGCAACUACCGCACACUGGAUGCGUAACAAACAUGAACUAAACAGCAACCAGACAGGAUCCUACCUGAGGGUCUUGUUCAGCAGUCAAACAACCACCAAGGCUAUCCUGGAGAGCCCUCUCUACACUACAGCUAGCCAUUCCUGUUCAUUUAAAUUUCGGUACCAACUUUCGGAACCCCAUCAUGCCGGAGCGCUACAAAUUAAAGUUAAAGACACGUAUGGUCACGUCACGACCGUUUGGUCCGCUCCGGAGAAUGCCACGUCUGAUUGGCUGGAGGCAUCAGCAGACGUCGGAGGUCAUGUGACUAGAGAUUUUAGGGUGUUAAUCGAAGCAGGGGAGCCAAAGACUAGUGCCAGCGUUGAUGACAUUCAGUUUAAAGACUGUGCAAAAGCGUCCACGUCUGAAUGCGGUGAAGGCUUUUUCCUCUGUCGAGAUAACUCCAGCUGUGUGGAGAAUCGCUACGUCUGUGACAAGACACCCGAUUGUGUUGACCAAUCAGAUGAAGAUAGAGGCAUUUGUGUGCUCCGUGAAGGGGAUUGUGAUUUUGAGCACAAGAUGGAUUGGUGUCAGUGGAAGAACUCGGGCGAAUGGGUGAGAGAGAGUAUGGAAAGUUUCAGUGGGUACGCCAAGAGAUCAGCGAAAAGAGUCAACAUCAACCUCGUCCCUCCGACAGGUUUCUUUGCGGUGACGGACUUUGAGACCGAGCGAGAUGCCAAACCAGGCGACAUAGCGUCUCUCACCACCCAGGUGUUCCCAGCCUCUCAGCCCGACUGCUACAUGAGAUUCUCGUACAGGAUGUACGACCCAAAGGCUGGCGUGAUUGGUGAAAAGGAUAAUAUGGGCACACUGAAGGUGUCCACCCUGAACAAGGACAACCAAACGUCGCUGAUGUGGAUCAAAAGUGGUAACCAAGGAAACCAAUGGCACAAAGCCAACAUCCCUGUUGGCAACAACCAGAACUACUCGGUACUGUUUGAAGCCGUCCGAGGCGAUGGUCCAAGGUCAAAUAUUGCUAUGGAUGACGUCUCAUUUACUCCCGAGUGCAGACAGGCCUAUUUACCAGGUUACAACAAUAGUGAACGGCACUGUGACUUUCCCAUGUUUUACUGCGGUGAGACGAAUUCGUGCUUGCCUAAGGCCUGGCUCUGUGAUGGAACUCAAGACUGUGGCGCACACGACGAGGUGGAUUGCCUUUCAACCACGACGCAGGUUACUCCAGGCUUCUCUACAGGCCACACCACUUCUACCAAUGCUCCUACUGCUGAUCCCAGGCAAGGCUUCACCAUCGGCCCGCAAACUUGCGGGAAGGGAAAGUUUACUUGUGCAGAUGGGAAAUGCAUCGAUGGGGCCCUCUAUUGUGACCAGGUACCCGACUGUUCGGCGGGUGACGACGAAUAUGGAUGCAAACACCAGUGUCCAGUUGGUGCUACGCUCUGUCACAGCGGCACGGAAUGUGGUUGCCUCUGCGAUUCGAAUACCCAAUGCAUCGAUGGGUCGGACGAAGCAUUUUGCAAUCGAGAUCUCUGUCAGGCCGACUUUAGAUACUGCUACGGCAAUUCCACAUGUUCGUACACGCAAGGAAUGGGAACACAGUGUUUGAAUUGCUCAUUGGCGAAUGCUGGACGUCGCUGUUAUGACAAGUCCAAGCCCGUCACGUCACCACAACCACCCCAAACAACAGAAGAUACAAACAUAAACUGCACCAGGCCUUAUAAACAGUGCAAAGAUGGCACCUGCAUCCUGGCAUCCCAGUUUUGCGAUUUUAAACCUGACUGUCCAGAUCUGUCUGAUGAAGAGGCCUGUCCAUCCAUCUGCGCAUUCGAGGGCGGGCAGACCUGCAACUGGCACAGCAGAAACUGCGAUAACUGUUAUCAAUGGACGCUAGGCUCGGCACAGACACUGUCCUCAGAACCCAAGGCACCUAAAUUUGACCACACCUUGGGUACAAGGAGCGGUGGCUUCAUGUACGUCAUAUCUGAGGGGAUUGAAAAUCUAAACGGCAAAGAGAUACGGCUGGUUAGUCCAGUUUAUACGUUAGGCGGCCUAACCUGCAAGGUAUCGUUCUGGUAUCAUGUCUACGGUUCUUUCGGCUCUUUGAAGUUGUCAGUCAACUCGUCUGGGCAAGUUCUAGACCUUUGGGUCAAAACGCCAAAAGCCGUAGACGAGUGGCAAGAAGCUUCGGUCGAGCUACCGGUCUGCCUGAAGGAAUUUCAACUCACCAUAGAGGCACGACUAGCCUUUAACUGGAAAGGUGGAAUCGCCGUGGACGACAUCCGGAUGCAGAAUUGUCACUAUAAAAAGAACCCGGCCACAACUGGAUAUUUCAAAUGUAAAGAUGGCAAUUACAUACCGCCCGACAGACAGUGCGAUUUCCAGACCGACUGCUGCGACGCGAGCGAUGAAACACCGGUAAUUUGUAAGCGGGAAACCAGGCAAUGCGAUUUUGAAGUUGAUUGGUGCAACUGGGAGAAACUUCCCGGUGACAUUAACUGGAUUCGCAAGAAUGGUACUACAGCUUCAGUAGGCACUGGCCCGAGAAGAGACCACACCCUUCUUGCAAAUGACGGGCACUAUAUUUACAUCGAAACAUCCAAACCUGCCACACUAAAUGAUAAAGCAAGGAUUGGGCAAUAUUUUAAUGAGACCGACGGAAUUUGCCAGAUAAGGUUUUGGUACCACAUGUAUGGGACCGACGUGAAUACACUGAAUAUCUAUGUCAGAAAGUUGACGUCAUCUAAACUAUACUUGAUUGACACCAGGGUGGGUAACCAGGGCAACAUGUGGCAUCGAAUGGAUUUCCAGUUAUCAGCAGAUGAAGCCUUUCACAUCAUUCUAGAAGGGGUUGUUGGGAAUGGUUACACCGGUGACAUUGCCCUCGAUGACUUUUCCUACACCAAAGGUUGUUCACCCUACUACGGACCAACUCCCACUCCCGAAACUGAAUUACAAUCAACCGUUGCUCCGAUUACAAAGCAUCCGACUGAUUGUAACUUUGAGUUCAAUACCUGCGGUUGGUAUGAAGCCUACACCGACGAGUUCGACUGGCACUGGGGCAGCGGACACUCAACCUUAGAAGAGCCGAACACGGCUCCAAGAAGAGACCAUACGCGCGACACCCCCAAUGGAUAUUACAUGUACGUCAGAGACAAUACGGUUGCGAACCUAGCAAGCAGAGACGCCCACUUACGAAGUCAACAAAUCCAAGCCACAUCUUCCGAGUGCAAGGUCAAGUUCUUUUAUUACUUGAACACAACGAAACUCACUUCUUCUACAACAACAAAAUUAGGCCUGACGGUUAUUUCACAGGCGGCGGGGGAAAUGGACAAGGUGAGGUUAAUAUGGCAACAGGCAAAGAACAUGGGGGAAAAGUGGAAUGAAGCAGUCGUUGGCAUCGGACGCUUGGCCAAACCUUUUGUGUUCGAGUUCGUCUGCUACGGCGACGGUCGAGGCAGACGUGUCGUUGCUAUUGACGACGUCACAUUCUUCGACUGCAUGCUUGGCGAACCAACAAGCAUCUGUGACAAAGAUAGCAUGUUUCAUUGUCCGAAGACCAGAGUCUGCCUGCAGACGCAUUUCAAAUGCGAUAUGACGGACAAUUGCGGCAAGGGUGAAGACGAAGAAAAAAAUCUUUGUGAAGGCUACAAGCAGCAAAAUUUUGAAAAUGGCUUGGGUCACUUUAACCAGGGUCGAGAUGGGACUGACGAUGACUUUGAUUGGACCUGGGUCAAUGGCAGUUCACCGUCAUUCGACACUGGUCCCGAUAGCGAUCAUACAAUGAAUUCCAAGCUCGGACAUUACCUCCAUAUUGAAACAUCAGCGCCGCGGAAGGAAAACGAUAAGGCUUGGCUUCUUUCCCGUGUGUUUGUAGCAACCAAUGGGAAAAUCGAAUCAUGCAACAUGCGUUUUUAUUACCAUAUGUUUGGUGAGGAGGUGGAUAGGCUGGCCGUUUAUGCGAGAUACUUUCGUUCUGGCCCGGCACAGCAGCUGCUUUGGGAAGAGGAAGGAGAUAAGGGGAACUUCUGGGCAAGAGGAGAAGUGAUUCUGGAUGAAAAACAAGAUUUCCAGGUGAUCUUUGAAGGGACUGUCGGCAAGGGCUGGAAGGGCGACAUCGCCAUUGAUGACAUAAGCUUCACUCCUGGAUGCAGAUAUAGCGAUACCCCACUACCAGAGUAUCAACAUGUCACUUCCGAGACAGGAAAACGUUCACUUGAUGUUGCAAUAUCUGUCCCGAUCACCUUUAUUUUACUCGUAGCAAUAGCUGUGGGAGCAUUUUUUAUAUACAGGAGGGAAAAACAGAAAAAAGACACGCUCAGGAAUUCAGACGCCUACAGCAGCAGGCGUAACAUGACAGAGACCACAAGCACAUCAUUUGUGGACGACGAGCCCGUCUCGAUUGUGAAUCCUCUCUACACCAUUGUUAACCCUCUCUACAAUUCAAACGUUGCAAAUGGACAUGCUGAAACAGGGCAGAGACGUUAGCAAACAGUACAAAACAGACAGUACAAAAAUUCAAGGCGGCAAAUAAUUUCAUUCAGAUUGUCAGUCUAUUGUUUGAGAAAUUAGGUAUUUUAAGAGGGACAGAAAUAUUUUGGAAUUUACCAUAUGAUACUCGAAAUUGGACAAUCCAAAUCUUAGUAUAAUCCUAAGUUAUUUGUACAAUAUGAUACUCAAAAUGCGACAAUCCGAAACUUGUAGUACAAUCUUAAGUUAUUUGUACUAUAUGACACUCAAAAUGGGACAAUCCAAAUCUUGGUAUGUUCUUAAGUUAUUUGUACCAUAAAAUGCUCAUUGUACAUAUCGAUAUCAAAUCAAGUAAAUAUCACAGAAAUCACUGAUUUAGUCCACGUAAUUCUGAAGCCCACAACGAAGAAUUUUAAGUCUGCAAGACUGGUGAAAGAAACACUUAAGGACCCACCCUGGAACAUGCAAAUAAAUACACAGAUUGUUUUGAAAUUUUACGAAAUGUUACCAUAAUCUGUCCGCGUUACACUUAUGCAAUGUCAUGUAUAAUUGCACUUCUUAGUGCAACUGUAUGUUGGGCCAGUUAACCAUACUUACGAGUUUUGUGAGCAGAGCACACAUUCAAAAUAAUGAAAUGGCCAGGGCCAUUGUGCUCACCUCAUGUGGAGGAAAGAUGGAUAAAGAGCAUGGUCUUGUGUCAUGUAGUGUUAGGUUUGAUGUA